AUGCUGGGGUACAUGAUCAAGCACUGCGGAAAAGAUAACUUCCAUCUGCGUAUGCGGGUUCACCCUUUCCACGUUCUCCGUAUCAACAAAAUGCUUUCAUGCGCAGGGGCUGAUAGACUGCAGACAGGUAUGAGAGGUGCCUUCGGGAAACCCACGGGUUUGGUUGCUCGCGUUAACAUUGGCCAGAUCCUUAUGUCUAUCAGAACGAAGGGGCUGAUAGACUGCAGACCGGAGUCAACGAUCAACAUUGCCUCCCUUGCCCUCCGCCGUGCAGCUUUCAAGUUCCCUGGACGCCAAAAAGUAUUCACAUCCAACAAGUGGGGUUUCACUCCCUUCACUCGGGAAGAAUACAAGAAGUGGCAGGCAGAGGGCCGCAUCGUUUCGGACGGUGAGUCAACCAUCAACAUUGCCUCCCUUGCCCUCCGCCGUGCAGCUUUCAAGUUCCCUGGACGCCAAAAAGUAUUCACAUCCAACAAGUGGGGUUUCACCCCCUUCACUCGGGAAGAAUACAAGAAGUGGCAAGCAGAGGGCCGCAUCGUCUCUGACGGUGUAUGCGCGAAGUGGCUGGCAAAGAAGGGGCCGUUGUCAGAUACAUUCCCUCUGGCCAAGGACAUCCAUCUCCCUGUGGAAUGCUGA